AUGUUGAAGUGGCUUUUCAAUCGAAGUCUCGACAAUGAUGAUGAGUUUAUGAGAAGCCAGAGCGCACGAGUUGAGCGUCAAAAUUCGAGUGCUGCUGAAAAUUUUCUUUUUAUUGAUCUGGUAAUUGGAGAGGUUGAGAGCACUGUGGUUCAAUUCGAAAAUGAGCAGGAAAAAAUUCGUGAAAACAAGCGUAUUGCCGAGCGAAAACCUGACUACUCAUGGCUGAUAUCUAACAAUUCGUUGCGUCCAAAGAAGUUCCUUUCGAUUCAGGAAAGGAAUCGAAUUGAAAACGCGUGUGAACGUUUAAAACCUUCUGAAUGGCCAUCAAUGCUCGAAAAAUGGAAAGCAAAAGUUGAGAUAGCUAGCACGCGCGAGAAAAUAAUAGAGGAAUUCAUAAUCGCCACUCAUGAAACCAUACAGAUGCGUAAACACGAACCAACUAUUGGUGAAGUGCUUAAAAAGUUUGCGACAGGCCGUUCAAGUAGUAUGAGCGCAGUGCAAAGCGCAGAUAUGGGAAGAACUAAUUCAACACGCUCACUUGCUGAGCUUUCUUUCAUCGAACUUCAAGAAAUUGUUUGA